AUGGAUACCUGGGGACAAGUUGAGAGCGCCGCGCCCGCCGCUGGGUGGGUCCUCCACGAACCAGUAAGGCAAAGUGAGGACGACUGGAGAGCAGAGUUUGAAGCAGACCAGGCACGCCGCCAAAAGAAGCAUGAGAAGACUGCGAAGGAGAGGGAACCUGAAUACGUUAUUGAGAAGCGCGAUCCGAAACUGGAGAAGCGAAUUUUCAAACUCAGCACCGCUGGUGGGAUCGCUUUCAGUGAGCUGGCGAAAGUGAAAGUUACUGUGAAAGGUGAUCGCAUCCCUACACCCAUGGAAUCGUAUGAAAAUGAAAGCUUGCAUUGGUUGAUUCGCGAAAACUUGGUACUGUGCAAAUACAACCAACCGACGCUGGUUCAGAAGCAUUGCAUCCCUAUCGUGACGGCAGGUCGCGAUGUCAUGGCCUCUGCUCAGACUGGAAGUGGUAAAACGGCUGCAUUCUGUAUACCAAUCAUGAAUGUCAUCCUCCAAGGUGGCCCAUGCGAUGUGGCACCUGAGGUGGAGGACAACAGACUUGUGACCGUCUACCCUCUGGUCUUGAUCCUUGAACCUACUCGCGAACUGGCGAUCCAAAUUUACGAGGAAUGCAAGAAGUUCGGUUACAGGAGCUGGAUCCGCACCCGCCUCGUCUACGGCGGCGUCCCCAUCGACCAACAAGUAGACCAACUCAAAGGCCGCGGUGUGGACCUCCUCAUCGCCACCCCAGGCCGCUUGCAAGACCUGAUCGACCGCAAGUUCAUCAGCCUCAGCAAAGUGCGCUGUCUCGUCCUCGACGAAGCCGAUCGCAUGCUCGACAUGGGUUUCGAGCCCGCCAUUCGCAAACUUACGGAGACGGACAUGCCGACCAGCAAGGACGGAAGACAGACCCUACUCUUCUCUGCCACAUUCCCGCCCAAGAUCCAGCGUCUAGGUGAAACCUUCUUGAAGGACUCCCUGCGCGUCAUGAUCGGCAGCGUCGGCAGCGUUGCCUCGACCAUCAACCAGCGAUUCAUCCAAACCCAUUACUCGGAAAAAGAUUCGCGUCUGCUCAAGCUGCUGGAGGAGUUCCUGCCUGGCCGCAUCCUCGUGUUCGUGGAUAGCAAGGCUCUGGCGGACCGGUUGCAGACGAUGAUCAAUACGCGAUCUAAGGCCCUUUCGGAUGCGAUCCAUGGAGGCCGCGAUCAGUGGGGUAGGGAGGCGGCUUUGCAGAAGUUUAAGGACGGGGAGAUCAAUGUGCUUGUGGCUACUUCGGUUGCGGCUAGAGGGUUGGAUAUCAGCGAUGUUACCCAUGUGAUCAACUACGACAUCCCUAAGGACGACGACGAAUACGUCCACCGCAUAGGCCGCACAGGCCGCAUCGGCCGCGUCGGCCACUCCGUCUCCCUCUUCUCCCCCGGCCGCGACGACUAUACCAUCGCCAAGCUCGCCAAAAAGGGCACCAUCCCCUGGGACGUGAUCGAGAAAUCCCUGCAGAGCGCUCAGAAAUCGUUCAUCAAGAGGUUAAUGGAGGGGCCCGGGGAGGAGUUGUAUAGGCCGGGGAUAGGGGUGGAUCGUCUGGCGGCCCUGGUGGGGGUGCUGGUGGUGGUGGGGGUAGGGGUGGGAGGCGUGAGAGGGAUCGUGAUGAUGGAAUGGGGGUUGAUCUCUUUGGGAAUCCGGUUAGGUACCAUUCUGGCUGAUGAUGGGUGA